AUGCGGCCCGAAGACUUCGCUGACCGGGUAGCCGGGUUGUGUCUGGAGAAAUUCGACCGGCUGCCGGACAAGGGCAAACCGAUAUCCGGUAAACAGUGGACUCUCUUGUCGGGCGUCGUACAGGCUGCGGACGACUCGGGCUCGCCGAAAGUCGUCUCACUGGCCACCGGCACCAAGUGUAUCGGCGCCAGUAAACUUUGUGACAAGGGCACUGUGGUCAACGACAGUCACGCUGAGGUCUUGGCACGCAGAGCUCUGUUGCGGUAUUUCAUCCAAGAAAUCGAAUCGGCUCGCAAAGGCCGUCCGUCGAUAUUUGUGCGGGGGUCAGCACUUGCAGAAGACAAUUGUGGCCCGGAAAACCAUUCGGAUCGCUCAUGCCCGCUGACGUUGCAACCAGGUGUGACUUUCCACUUUUUCUCCAGUCACACUCCAUGUGGCGACGCGUCGAUAUUUCCAAAGGACGGGGGCAAGCGGGCGGCCGUGGAUGACGACGGCGUCGGACCGGAAGCAAAAAGACGUAAAACCGAUGGCGAUGACAACGACGACGACAUACACCGGACCGGAGCUAAAUGUCUGAGCAUAGAGACGAGACAGGACCCUCGACUUCCGGGCGCAGCGUAUCACGCGGUCGGAGCGGUCAGGACUAAACCGGGCCGAGGAGACCGGACGUUGUCAGUCUCGUGUAGUGACAAAUUGCUGAGGUGGCACUCGUCAGGCCUACAGGGAGCUUUGUUGUCGCUGCUCAUCGAACCGGUGUACUUGUCGUCGCUGACCGUUGGCGGCGGUUGUCCAUACUCUGAGCCGGCCUUGCGCAGGGCAGUCAUUGAACGGGCAAACUGCUCCGACGACAAAGACACGUCGAUUCCACCGCUCCGACUGGCCCGUUCUACUUUGGAGUUCGAAUACGCCAAACACCGAGUGGCAGCGGAUUGCAAGCCGUGUCCGUCCAGUGUGGUCUGGUGGAAAGACGAUUGCCUCGACGGUGGGGUAGGAGGCACGAACGUGUCAGGGGGACGUCACGAAGUGUUGGUGAACGGCCGCAAACAGGGCGCGACAAAAAAGACGGUGGACGGAAAGGCGACCGGUUCGUCGGCUCUGUGCAAAAAGUCGCUGUUCGACGCGUGCAAACAUCUGUUGGCCGGUGACGGUGGAACCGCAGGCCGAGAGGUCACUUAUGCAAAGACCAAGUUGGACGCCACGUCGUACCGACACCGAUGGUCGGCCAUUAGGCGCCGGUUGGGCUGCUGGACGGUGAAACCAGAAGCUCUGUUGGACUUCACGAUGUGCGUGGAAAUGGAAACUGUAAAUGAUGGAAAUAAAGGUCUACCGCCCGAGACGCCUGUUGACGAUUUACAGACUAUGGACACAACAAUAAACACACGAAGUUUUUAA